AUUCCAUCCAUGUUCUCUGCACAUAGAAUUUCAGUCGCAUCGUGACUUUUGAGAGUGAUGGAUGGCAACGCGCACGGUUUCGUUACGUCCGUUUCUUUUUCUGAGUAGUGUCAGCGUAUCUGUGUGUGUGUUGGAGUUUUUUUACAGAGGAGAGCUGGUAUCCUGCAGCGGCAGCAUUGUAAAAGGGAAGCCACAAUAACGAGUUGUUGUUUAGAAUAGCCCCAUAAAGAAAACCAGUGAUAAAAAGCAGAAAAAAGUGAAUUCAUAAAUUAUCAUUUUACUAAAUCGUGAAAAAGAAAAAAUGUGAGCAGAAAGGUCACAGAGAAAUAUUAAAAAAAUCUGAUAUUAAAAAAUAAAUCAAGCAAAGUUUAAAUUCGAAAAAAAGAAAAAAAUAAUUAUUACAACAAGAAAUAGUUGCCGAAACCAAUCCACCAACCGAUUGUGAGUGUAGUUUGCCGCCGUCGUCGCAUGUUAACAGUUGUGUUGACGUCGUUGGGUGCGUUAACGUCAAAAAUGCCGGUUUUUCGGGCAUCGUCGCAGAUGCCGGCGCAGUCGCCGCGUAAUGUUGCCAUCACGUUUUCUAUGUCAAGUGUUGUAAAUUUGAAAAUGUUUGUUUACCUUGUGUUAAUUCUAACCAAUUGCCUGUCUGGUGGGGCCAGCAUUGGUUUUGCCUCGGCCACCAGUCUCAGUGCUCCAAAGAGUUCGGUAAUUGGAGAUAUAACGGAAACACAUGGCAAAAUAAUUGAUAGCAAAGUGUAUGAGGACAAUGCAGAGCAUUCGGCCCACCAGGCCGUUGUCGACAGCAGUUCAGCCGCCACCGGUACUACCCAGUCAUCCCAGCCUGUGGUGGUUGCUACAGCUACUGCCAAGGAUUUAUUGAAUCCCUCACCGCCACCAAAACUGUCCGUAGUAGAUGGUGGCUCGCUGGCGUCACCGUCAGCGGCCUUAGGACCAACUGGAAGUGCCAGUUCUCGUUUCAAUGUGGAUUUACGUGAUUCGAAGAGUAUUGUUGGCUCAACAGGCGCCAUCCAAUCGCCCACCACCUUUAUUGGCGAACAUCGCCUGCAUCAAUUGAAACAAUUUGGAUUGCGUAAAAAACCGCAAUCACUGACAGCCGCGUCAUCGUUAUCAUCGACCAAAUCGGCAUUUGAUGAAAAAAAAACUUGUGCACCAUCUUAUUACACAUGCAACGAUGGCAAAUGCAUACCAAUGCGCUGGAAAUGUGACUCCAAACCGGAUUGUGAUGAUGGUUCCGACGAAACCAUUGGUUGUGCCAAUGCCGUUAAAUGCAAUGAAGGACAGUUCCGUUGUACGACAAGUCAUAAAUGCAUACCCAACAAUUGGGUAUGCGAUGGCGAAUUUGAUUGUGGCGAAUCGGAUACAUCCGAUGAAAUUAAUUGUCCUUCGGAUGCUCUAAAGUGCCUUUCAUAUCAAAGAGAAUGCGGCAAUGGCGUUUGUCUGGAUAUAUCCAAGUUCUGUGAUGGCUAUUGGGAUUGUGAUAACGAUGAACUUAAAUGUGAUAAACAAGACGCCGAAUGCAGUACCUUAAAAUGUUCAUUCAACUGCAAGUUGACACCCCAAGGUCCAACAUGUUAUUGUGCACCCGGACAAAUGCCUGUCAAUGGAACGCAAUGCACGGACUUCGACGAAUGCACCAUCGAGGGUAUAUGCGAUCAUCAGUGUCAUAAUACACCCGGCUCCUAUGAAUGUUCCUGUGCACCGGGCUAUAGCAAGCAGAAAAAUCGCUGUUAUGCCAUUAAUGUUCCCAAAGAUGAACCAGCCUCAUUAGUUUUGAUCACACAAACGGAUGUACGGCGUAUUGAUCCAAAUAAUGGCACCACAUUGGCCAUUGUUAAUGCUCUGGACAUCUCAGCCAUUGAGAUUUGGCAUCGCAAUAGAUCGCUGUGCACCGCCGAGGCUAGUGUAUGGACCACAACUGAAUUGAAAUGCUAUCGCAUCGAUGAUAUGAAUGUAACAUGGGCACUGCCGCUGCCGGAACUAAUUACAAGUACACAUGCCAUCGAUAAAUUACGUCUCGAUUGGAUAACUGGCAAUUGGUAUAUUUUGGGUAAUGAGCCCGGUUCUAUAUUUGUGUGCACAAAUACAAUGGAAUAUUGCAGCAUUAUACUGAAGGAUGUUCUGAAUCUAUCAUCGCUGGUAUUGGAUCCAACAAAAGGUUUCAUAUUUUUCACCGAAUGGAGUUCCAGUCUAUCACGUGCAAAUCUGGAUGGCACGAAUUAUACCCAGCUAGUUACCACACGGAUUUACUAUCCCAGCAAACUGGCAGUGGAUUUGGCCAACGAACAUGUCUAUUGGCUGGAUGUCUACAAGGAUUUCAUUGAACGAGUCGAUUACGAUGGACGCAAUCGAUGGGCCAUGAAAAAGGCGUCCGAUGUUCACAUUCCUUUGAAAUCCAUUCAUGCUGUUGAGAUUUUUGAAAAUAAUGUUUAUCUCGGCUUAUGGAGCGAUGACAUGGUCAUUGCUUUGGAUAAAUUCUCCUUAAAGGCGAAACAAGUAAUAAAAAAUGUCAAACGGACACAUGACUUCAGAAUGUUUCAUCGCCAAAAACAGCCCGAAGUGGCACAUCCUUGUCGCGUUAACAAUGGCAUGUGCAGCCAAAUAUGUGUCCCAUUGUGGACAAAGGGAUUUGCUCGAGCGACCUGCAUGUGCUCGCCGGGCUAUAAAUUACGCAACAACACCGAAUGUGAAUUCGUACGCUAUGAGAAAUUCCUGCUGUUGGGUCGGCAACGUUUGUCCAGCAUAGCGGGAAUACCGUUAAAUGCCCAGGAACAAGUAGUCGAGGCCAUGGUACCCAUUUAUAAUGUCACAUGGAUUAUGCCGCUCGACAUUAAUGUGCAUCGCAAGCAGGUCUAUUAUGUGCAACAACAAAAAAGCGGUUAUAGUUUACAUAGCCGUUCCACAGAUGGCAUGGAACGCAGCGUAUUGGCCAACGGCAAUGAAACGAUUUCCGUGUUGGCAUUCGACUGGCUAACUGGCAACAUGUACUGGGGUGGUGCAGAUUAUAUAUUUGUUGCUCCAGUCUCGAACAUGUCCAAGGUGUUGUCUUUGCCCCUGCGACAUGAAGCUAUGAGUUUGGCCUUGGAUCCCAGUAGCGGCUAUAUGUUCUGGGCCCAUUGGACGGCAAAUGAAAAUAAAGCUUCCAUUUAUCGUGCCUGGUUGGAUGGAUCCCACAGAGAAAUGAUGACCGAGGCCAGUGCGGAUAAGCCUAUGACAUGGCCUUUGAGUUUGAAUAUCGAUGUACAGCAUAAAAAGGUGUAUUGGUGCGACGUGAAAGAAGGCACAAUCGAACGCAUGAAUUUCGAUGGCACGGAUCGCGAGAUAAUCUUCAAAGACCCCGAACAUCAUCCCACAUCUAUUGCCUAUCACAAGGGUACCAUUUAUUGGGUGGAUGCCCGAAAUGGUACAGUUCGUAGCUUUUCCACUCAUCAUCUGAAUGGCACCAUCAAAAAUAAUGACAACUCUAAGGUGUUUUCGGUGGAACGAGGACGUUCCUCCAAUUUGAAGGUAUUCGAUGUCAGCACCCAACCAAGUUCGCUAAAUAAUGCCUGUGUCAAGAGUAAAUGUCCCGGCAUAUGUUUUAAUACCCCGAAUCAAUCGAUAUGCCGUUGUCCAGAUAAAUAUUCUCUGAACGGUACUGGCACCCAGUGUAUUCCCUAUCCACAGGACACGGAGAAAAAGGCCAUGAAUUGUUCGUCGGGAUUCCAGUGUCUAAAGUCGGAGCAGUGUGUCGAUGUAAAGGACUUGUGUGAUGGAUUCGAUGACUGCAACGAUGGCAGUGAUGAGAGCAGUGCUCCCGGUGGUCCCUGUGAUCCCAAGAAAUGCGAUUUAAAUCUGCACUUCACCUGCAACAAUCGUUGCUAUCAACGAGCCCUGCUGUGUAGUUCGAUUAGUUAUUGUCCGGAUGGUACGGAUCAAUUGAAUUGCGAAAGUCACACCUGUAACAGCAAUGAGUUCACCUGUGCCAAGAGUGGCAAAUGCAUACAGUUGUCGUGGGUGAAUGAUGGCAUAGCCGACUGCGGACCCGAUGAUUCCUCAGACGAAUAUGGAGAUGUUUUGAUCGAUGACAAAUGCCCGGAGUUUGAGUGCCGUAAUGGAGUUUGUAGACCCUUUUCCGAUAUUUGCGAUGGGUUGGAUCAAUGUGGUGACAAUUCCGAUGAGGUUGCCUGUGAGUAUGAUUGUGGUCCCAAUGAGCGUUAUUGCCUUCCGCUGGGCUGCUAUGACGAGAGCCACAUCUGUGAUGGCAUUACCGAUUGUUUGGAUUUCAGCGAUGAAAUGAAUUGUAAUGAGACCAAAUCCGAUCAUCAUGUCAUCGAUUUGGGUGAGGCCCACUUUUGUGCACCCUUUGAAUUUGCCUGCUCCGAUCCCUUUGAAUGUAUACCACAUUUCUUCUAUUGCGAUGGCAUACCACACUGCUACGACAAAUCCGAUGAACUUAACUGUACCCAAAUAAAGCCACCUGCGAAGGACUUCAAUGAGACUGUGAUAUGCGAGGCACCCGAUCGUUACUGUGCCGAAUCGAAUAAAUGCAUUUCGGUAAAACAGCUGUGCGAUGGUAAUAUCGAUUGCGGAGAUGGCACAGAUGAGGGUUAUUUGUGUUCGCAGAAAAUGUGCGAAAGAUCUGAUACGCAAUGUUCCCAUUAUUGUCAUAAUGCUCCGGAGGGUUUCUUCUGUUCCUGCCCAGCCCACAUGUAUUUACUGCCCAAUGGACGGCGCUGCAGCAUGCAACAUGCCUGUGAACAUUGGGACUCGUGCUCGCAAAUUUGUGUAACCCAAGGCAAGGGCUACAAAUGUAAGUGUUUCGAGGGCUAUGAUCUGCAAUACGAUCGCUAUACAUGCAAAAGUACAGCUCCCGAUGAUCCCUAUGUUAUCUACACAAAUCGCCAGGAGAUCCGUGGUUUGAAUCUGAAAAAAUCCACCAUUAGUAACUUUUAUGCUUCGUUGCGGAACACCAUUGCCUUGGAUUUCCUCUACAACAAUGUUUCGAGUCAAAUAUUUUGGACUGAUGUCAUAGAUGACAAAAUCUACCGAGGUCAGUUGGUGGGCGAAUCUCUACACAAAGUGGAAGCUGUAGUCCAUUCUGGGCUGUCGACCACAGAAGGUUUGGCAGUCGAUUGGAUUGGCAUGAAUCUGUAUUGGAUUGAUUCGAAUUUAGAUCAAAUUGAGGUUGCCAAAUUAAAUGGCAGUUUUAGGCGUACCCUCAUUGCUGGAGAUAUGGAAAGCCCACGUGCCAUAGCCCUGGAUCCCCGAGAGGGUUUACUGUUUUGGACAGAUUGGGAUGACAACUAUCCGCGUAUAGAACGUUGUUCGAUGGCGGGAAAACAUCGCCAGGCCAUCACCACCACUUCACAGGUAUCGGCUGGCUGGCCAAACGGUUUAUCCUUGGAUUAUACACAAAAACGGGUUUAUUGGGUAGAUGCCAAAUCCGAUUCCAUUUACACCGUCAAAUAUGAUGGUUCCGAUAUACAUUUAGUGUUGAGAGAUCGUGAAAUUCUCUCCCAUCCCUUUGCCAUUGCGGUGUUUGAAAAUUAUGUCUACUGGACGGAUUGGAGAACGGCUUCCGUUAUUAGGGCAAACAAAUGGAAUGGCACGGAUAUUGAAGUGAUCCAACGGACUCACACCCAACCAUUUGGUAUUCAAGUGUUGCACUCUAGCCGUCAGCCACAGGCUGAAAAUCCCUGUGGCGAUAAUAAUGGCGGUUGUUCGCAUUUGUGUUUGCUGGACGUGCGGAAAACCUAUCAAUGUGCCUGUCCCCAUGUUAUGCGUUUGGAUCACAACGACAAUCGAACUUGUGUGGCCAAUGAACAGGUGCUGCUCUUCAUUAUGGGUGAUGAAAUACGUGGCAUUGAUUUAAUGCAACCCAAUCAUCAUACCAUACCCACUAUAAGACAGUCUCCGCAGGUCUUGGCACCUCAACGUAUUGAUUUUACCGUCGAAGACAGUCGCCUCUAUUGGUCCGAUGUACAAUUGAAUGAAAUCAAGACCGCCGGAAUCUCAAAUGGUAUUAUUGAUACCAUUAUCAAUACAGAUAUACACAAUCCAGCUGGGUUUGCCAUUGACUGGAUAGCCAAGAAUAUGUACUUUUCAACGGGUAAAAUCAAGAGUGACAUUUGGGCCAGUAAUUUGAAGGGCGAAUAUGUUACGGAAAUAUUGAAAGAUUUGAAUAUGGUGGAGAGCAUAGCCUUGGAUCCCAUAAACGGUAAACUAUAUUGGAUCUCGUCCUCGCGUAAUCUUCAAAACUGGCAAAUCGAACAAAGUAAUCUCGAUGGGUCGGAGAGAAGCGUUAUCUAUGAACACAACAAAACACUGGCAUCUCUUACCAUGGAUUUUGAUUCGAUGCGGUUGUAUUUUGUUUACGACAAUUCUGGUAUCUCAUACUAUGAGAUUGCCUCAAAAGAAAUACACAUCGUUGUGGCGUCGAGUAAAGUGAUGACAAUCAGCGCUGUUACCGUCUACAAUGGGACCCUCUAUUUUCCGGAGAAUAUACAGGGUGUUAUAAUGUCAUGCGACAAAAAUGCCUGUGCCGAAUAUUCCAUACUGAGAAAAAAUACCAAAAAGAUUCAAUAUUUGAAAAUGUUCUAUGCUGAGGCGCAGCAGGGAGCAAACACAUGUGCUGGACCCUUGAAGGGAGGUUGUUCCCAUCUGUGCUUUGCCAUCUCAAAUAAGGAUCAUACAUGUGGCUGUGCCAUUGGAUAUCGCGUGGAUCCAACAAAUCCCACCCAGUGCAUAGGUGUGGAUGAAUUUUUGUUCUACACCAAUCAUGAGCUGAAAGGCAUCGAAAUAUACGAACCGAAUAAGCCGAUUGAUGAGCAGGGACAGAAAAUGGCCUUAGGUCCCAUUUCCCGCAUAUCUCUGGCUUCCUUCAUCGACUACCAUGCCAACCAGAAUUAUCUGUAUUGGGGUGACAAUGACAGUGGGUCCAUAUCGCGCAUCAAACGUGAUGGCACCCAACGUCAAGUGAUUAUAGAAUCCCCCGAAUGGUUGGACAACAAACAAAUGGAUUGGUUGGGUGGCAUUGCCAUCGAUUGGGUGGCCGAAAAUAUUUACAUUAGCGAUAUUAAGCGUAACGUUAUUGAAGUAGCCCGUCUAGAUGGUUCCCAUCGCCAUGUCGUGGUUUCCAGUGUAAAGAAGCCCAGUGUAUUGGCUGUUGAUCCCGUACAGGGUUUACUCUUCUAUGUGGCCGAAGGUGUUAUUGGUCGCACUGGGUUGGAUGGCUCUCAACCGUUUGUUUUGGUCAACCAUGACAAAAUCGUUACCAGCCUUGUGCUGGACAUAGAAGCCACCAAGGUUUAUUGGUGUGAAGCACCCAAAACAUCGCUGGCCCAGCCGUCCAUUAUGAAAGUCGAUUAUGAUGGCAAUCUAAAGGAGGUUUUGCUGAAUCAUACUCUGGAAUAUCCCACUUCGGUGGGUAAACUGGAUGAUUACAUCUACUGGACUGAUAAUAAUUACAACAAGGGCACUUUCAAAGUUGCUCCAAUGGCGAAUUUAAGCAACUAUGUGGAGUUGAAACGCUUUGAGGGAAAUUCCGUCAAGGACAUGAAAAUAUACUCCAAGAGGCUACAGAAGGGUACCAAUCCAUGUGCUGAAAAUAAUGGCGGAUGCCAGGAGUUGUGUCUCUUCAAUGGUACCACACCCAUCUGUGCCUGUUCUCACAGCCGUGUAGCUGCCGAUGGCAUGGCUUGUGAGCCCUAUGACAGCUUCCUGCUCUUCUCCUAUCGCAGUACCAUUGAAAGUGUCCACCUAACGGAUCACACAAAUAAAAAUGGUCCCGUUAAACCGAUACGCAACACCACCAUUAUGAUGAAUGUCAUUGCCCUGACCUAUGACUAUGAGAACAGUGUUCUGUUUUACUCCGAUGUGAUCCUGAGCACCAUCAAUGCGGUGAACUUUAAUGGCAGCAAUAAUCGAGUUUUGGUUACCCACCAAGGAAAGGUGGAAGGAUUGGCUUUUGAUAUUGUCAAUGAAAUGCUUUUCUGGACUUCCAACAAUGAUGCCUCCAUUUGCAGUUUGGAUCUCCACUACGUAUCCGAUAAUGCCGACAAUAAUACACAAUUGGUGAAUCGUAUACGUGUUCUCAAUUCCAAAGACAAGCCACGAGGCAUUGCUGUGGAACCAUGUCUGGGCAUGAUCUACUGGACCAAUUGGAAUGAGGAAAGUCCCUCGAUACAAAGGGCUUAUGUGACCGGUUUUGGUUUGGAAUCGAUUAUCAGAACAGACAUCAAAAUGCCAAAUGCAAUUACCUUGGAUCUGGAAGAGCAAAAGCUGUAUUGGGCUGAUGCCAGAAUAGAUAAAAUUGAAAGAGCGGAAUAUGAUGGAACACAUCGGGUGGUCUUGGCCCAUUCUUCGCCCAAACAUCCAUUUUCCAUAGCUGUGUAUGGUGAUUUGUUGUUCUGGUCCGAUUGGGUACUAGGUGCCCUGGUGCGGGCCAAUAAGUACACCGGCGCCGACAUGGUUUUCCUGCGUGAUCAUGUGGAACGACCCAUGGGUGUUAUUGCCAUCCAAAAUACCACCGUCAACUGUGAUUCGAACCAAUGCAAAAUUCUCAAUGGUGGCUGUGAAGAUGUGUGCAUUUUGAAUAGCAAUGGAACGGCAAGUUGCCAAUGUACUCGCGGCAUAUUGGCGCCGGAUGGACGCAGAUGUUUGCAGCCCAUAAAUGUCAAGUGUGAGAAGAAUCAAUUCCCUUGUGGUUCGGGUGAAUGUAUUCCCCUGCAUUUGACCUGUGACAGUAUUCCCCAUUGUUUGGAUGGGUCCGAUGAAUCGCGUAGCUAUUGCAUCAUACGGGUUUGUCCCACCGAUUUCUUUAUGUGCAACAAUCAUCGCUGUAUUCCCCAGGACCAAACGUGUGAUGGUGUCCAUCAAUGUGGUGAUGGCUCCGACGAGUCGGAACUUAUAUGCAAAUGUGAACCGGAGAAGUUCCGUUGUGGCAGUGGUGAAUGCAUAUCGCAGCAGUUUGUAUGCGACCACGUGCGAGAUUGCAAAGACUUUAGUGAUGAGAAGCAUUGUCCCGCCUCUGAAUGCCCUGCUGGGGAUGCUGUCUAUGAACACUGUCCCAAUUCAACGGCCUGUAUUAUGCCCAUGUGGCGUUGUGAUGGCGAUAAUGACUGUCCCGAUGGCAGCGAUGAGCUGAACUGUGAUCAUGUUACAAAAGUUGCCUGUGCUCCUGGACAAUUCCAGUGUUCCAAUGGACGUUGUAUCAACGAAAAAUGGCGUUGUGAUGGAGAAAAUGACUGCAAGGAUUCAGUGGCUGGCAAUUUCAGUUCCGAUGAAUUUGGUUGUAAAUUGCAGUGCAAACCCAAUGAGUUUAGAUGCGACAACACUUGCAUUCCCGCCAGUUGGCAAUGCGAUUCGAAGACAGAUUGUGAAGAUGGCUCCGACGAGGGUGCCCAAUGUCCGAAUCAUGUAUGCCGACCACAUAUGUUCCAGUGUAAAUCUUCGGGACGUUGUAUUCCACAAAAAUGGGUGUGCGAUGGAGAGCAUGAUUGCCCAGCUCCUGGUUCCGAAGAUGAGGGCGAUCAGUGUGCCAUUGCAACAGUUCCGCAUAUUCCGGAUUGUGUGGCUCCUUCAUUUCUCUGUUCAAAUGGUUUGUGCCUGGAUCGCCCUCUGGUAUGUGAUGGCGAUCACGAUUGUCCCAAUGGUGAGGACGAAUACGAGGAUUGUGUCCCAUUCAAUUUCACCCAGGUGUGUGUGGAGGAGGUGGAAUUCCAGUGCCAUAAUCUUGAGUGCAUAGCCAAAAAUCUAACAUGUAAUUCGAGAGCAGAUUGUUCGGAUGCUUCCGAUGAGUCUGUGGACCUGUGUGGCGAAUCAACAAUGACCUGUGGCCACGGCCAAUACCAAUGUAAAAAUGGUGCCUGUGUUUCGGAAGAGUUGCUUUGCAAUGGUCGCAAUGAUUGCGGCGAUUUCUCGGAUGAGUCGCUGUGUAACGUGGACGAGUGCUUGAACCCGGAUAUUUGCGAACACACCUGUAUAAAUAAGAAAAUUGGCUAUGAAUGUCAGUGUCAUCCCGGCUAUAAGCUACAUGCCAACAAUCAUCAUUUGUGCGAUGACAUUGAUGAAUGUAAUGGACCGCAUCAAUGCUCCCAAAUUUGUGCCAACACCUAUGGCUCGUACAAGUGUCUGUGCAUGAAGGGUUAUGAAUUGAAGGACGAUCAUCACACCUGUAAGGCCACCAGCAAUGAGACGGCCAAGUUGAUAUUCUCCAACCGCUACUACAUCAGACAAGUGGAUAUGAGGGGCAAUGGCAGUAUUCUCAUACAUCAGUUAUCGAAUGCUGUGGCAUUGGACUUUGAUUGGUCCACCAAGUGUCUCUUCUGGUCGGAUGUUACCUCCACGGUGGGCAUGAUCAAGCGUUAUUGUCCGGCAGAAAAUAAAACCACCACACUACAUCAAGCAAUGUUGAAGAAUCCUGAUGGCCUGGCUGUGGAUUGGGUGGCCAAGAAUUUGUAUUGGUGUGAUAAAGGUUUGGAUACCAUUGAGGUGUCCAAAUUGGAUGGCAAAUAUCGUAAGGUUCUUAUCAAUGAACAUUUGCGGGAGCCCCGUGGAGUGGCACUGGAUCCCUUCAAUCGCAAUCUCUACUGGUCCGAUUGGGGUGAAGAUCCCCAUAUUGGAAAGGCCGGCAUGGAUGGCUCUAAUGCCAGGAUAAUUAUACGUGAAAAUAUGGGUUGGCCAAAUGCCUUGACGCUGUCCUUUGAGAGUAAUCAACUUUUCUGGGGUGAUGCCCGAGAAGAUACAAUAUCAGUUUCCGAUCUGGAUGGCAAUAAUGUGAGAAUUUUGAUGGCCCGCAAAUUGAAUCCUCAACUGAAUUUACAUCACAUCUUUGCCAUUGCUGUGUGGGAGGAUAAAAUUUAUUGGUCAGAUUGGGAAAUGAAAUCGAUUGAGUAUUGCAAUCGUUUUACGGGACAGAAUUGCUCGACCCUGGUGACAACCAUACAUAGGCCAAUGGACUUGAGAAUCUAUCAUCCAUAUCGCCAGCAGCAACCCUAUGGCGGAAAUCCAUGUGAGACGGCAGAGUGUUCCACAUUGUGUUUGCUCUCGCCUGACCCUCCAUUCUACAAAUGUGCAUGUCCCAAUAACUUUAUACUGGGCGAUGACAAUAAGACCUGUAUUGCCAAUUGCACCGCCGCCCAUUUCCAAUGUUCCCAGACGUACAAAUGUAUUCCGUUCUAUUGGAAAUGUGAUACACAGGAUGAUUGUGGCGAUGGCAGCGAUGAGCCGGAAAAUUGUCCACCCUUCCAUUGUGAACCGGGCCAGUAUCAGUGCAACAACAAGAAAUGUAUUCAUCCAGCUUCCAUAUGCAAUGGCAGCGAUCAGUGUGGCGACAAUUCGGAUGAACAAAACUGUGAUAAGUUUACAUGCUUCGAAAAUCACAUGAAAUGUGGGGCCACCGCCAAUACGACGGCGUUCUGUAUUGACAAUCUCCAGAAGUGUGAUGGUGUCAAGGAUUGUCCGAAUGGUGAAGACGAAGUGGGCUGUACUCCGCUAAGCUGUAAAAAGGAUCAGUUCCAGUGCAGUAAUAACCGGUGCAUGCCUCUUGUUUGGGUGUGUGAUGGCGAUGCCGACUGUCCCAAUAAGUCGGAUGAAUUGAAUUGCGAUAAGGCGACAUGUGAUCCCAACGAUUUCCAAUGUAGUUCCGGCCGUUGUAUUCCCAUGGCCUGGCGUUGCGAUGGCGAAGAUGAUUGCCCGAACGGCGAUGAUGAGCCAGCUUCCUGUCGCUCGUCGAAGGAGGAAUGUGAUCCCACCUACUUUAAGUGCAAUAAUUCCAAAUGUAUACCCGGCAGAUGGCGCUGCGACUAUGAAAAUGACUGUGGAGAUGGCAGUGAUGAACUGAAUUGCCAAAUGCGUAACUGUUCGGAAAGUGAGUUCAGAUGUGGAACUGGCAAAUGUCUCAAGCAUGAUCAUCGCUGUGAUGGUGAAAUCCACUGUGACGAUAGCAGUGAUGAGUUGAAUUGCAAUAUAACCUGUAAAGCGAAUCAAUUCAAGUGUGCCACCUUCAAUACCUGUAUUAACAAGCAAUACCAAUGUGAUGGUGAUGAUGACUGUCCCGAUGGCAGUGAUGAGGUAAACUGUACCUGUCCUUCGGAUCACUUCACCUGCGGCAAUGGGAAAUGUAUUAUGGCCCGUUGGAAAUGUGAUGGCUGGGAUGAUUGUACCGAUGGCAGUGAUGAGAGUCUGGAGACUUGUGCCCAUGUCCAUUGUCAUGCAAAUGCCUUUAAAUGCUCGAAUCUCAAGUGCAUACGCAAAUCGGCGCUGUGUGAUGGCGUCAAUGAUUGCGGCAAUAAUGAAGAUGAAGCAGAUGAAGUUUGUGCUGCCCUACCGAAAUGUCGUCACGAUCAAUUCCAGUGUGAGAAUGAGGAUUGCAUAUCGAAAAUCUUUCGUUGUGAUGGCCAGUAUAAUUGCAUUGAUGGUUCGGAUGAGAUGAACUGCCAGCCGCCGGUUUGUGGCUUUGGGACAUGCUCGCAAAUUUGCAUAGAGAAGAAAGCGGGACAUUAUAAUUGCAAGUGCACAGAGGGAUAUUCGAAGGGACCGGCGAAAAAUGAUACCUGUUUGGCAUCGGGACCUGAUCAAGUUCUGCUAUUGGCUUCCGAACAAGAAUUCCGUUUUAUAUUGCCAGCCAAGCAGGAGGGCACCACAAUGGUUGGCUUUUUCCACACAGAUAUUUUGAAAAUAGAUGUAUUCGAUAUUUUGAUUCGAAACAAAGAUACCUUACUCUUUUGGAUUGAUUCGCAUCAUGGCAAGGUGCAUACCAUGAAAAUUGCCAUACCCCAAACCGAAGCUAUUGCAGUGAGGGUAAGGCGUGAUCUCAAGGAGUUAAAGGCCUUCGAUAUUCCCGUACUUGAUGAUCCCAAAUCCCUGGCCAUUGAAUGGAUAACUCAAUUGGUGUACAUCAUUGAUUCCAAGCACAAUGAAAUUCUGGUCACAGAUAUUGAUGGCAAAAAGUAUGCAUCGCUUGUGUCAACCGGUUUAAAUCCCACCGAUAUUGUUGUGGAACCCGAGUCGCGUAUCAUGAUAUGGUCUACUCUGGAAAAUGGCAUACUCAUGGCCUCAUUGGAUGGCCAAAAUAAACGCAGUUUGAUUGAACGUGAUGUUGGCUGGCCCAUCAGUUUGGCCAUUGAUUAUCCGACCGGACGUUUGUAUUGGGCCGAUUAUCGCAAGGGCACUGUGGAGACAUGUCGUUUGAAUGGCAAGGAACGUAAUGUGGUGAGGAAGUUUUCGAAUAAAGAAAAACCCCAAAAGAUUGAUGUCUUUGAGGAUUACUUAUAUAUCAAGCUGUAUGAUCAGAGCAUAAUCAAAAUGAACAAGUUUGGCAAUGAUAAUGGCACCUAUUUGCUAAAGGGCUAUCGGUCAUCGGACAUUGGUAUCCUACAUCCAUUGAAACAGAAUCGUAACAUAUCCAAUCCCUGCGCCAAGGAGCCCUGCAAACAAAUGGGCGCCAUGUGUCUGAUGACCACCGAGACCAACAGUGGUUAUAGAUGCCGUUGCCCCAACGAUUUCCAUAUGGUCGAUGGCGUGUGUGUGGCCCAUCAAACCAUUGUACCCGAUUAUUGUCCUUUGAAAUGUAACCUGGGCACCUGUAAAGUUAUCAAUCACGUACCAAAGUGUAUUUGCCAGCCCCGAUUCGAAGGAGAAUUCUGUGAACAUUAUCGUUGUUCGAAUUAUUGUAUGAACAAUGGCUUGUGUAUUAUUGCACCACAAAUCCCUGGCUCACCAGAACCCCCACCAUUGAAAUGUAGCUGUACACCAGGUUGGUCGGGACCACGUUGUGAAACGUCGGUGCCAGAGUGUCAGAGUCGUUGUCAUAAUGGCGGCUCAUGUCGCAUUGAAGAUGGCGGUAUGAAGUGUACAUGUCCGCCCAUGUAUGUGGGAGAACAGUGUGAACAUUGUGUGAAUUUGACCUGCACCAAUGGUGGCAUUUGUCGCGAAACUUUGUCGGGCACCACACAAUGUGAAUGUCCAGAUGGAUUCACUGGAAAGCGCUGUGAGGUAAAUGUUUGUUCAGGCUUUUGUAAAAAUGGUGGUACAUGCACCAUAGGUUCCAAAGGUGGUGCUCAAUGUCAAUGUCCCAAAGGUUUCUAUGGUGAAAAAUGUGAAUCGGAUUCAUGUGCCAAUUAUUGUCUUAAUGGAGGUGUGUGCACAGAGAAACCAGGAAAGCUGUUGUGUUCUUGUCUGGAACGAUAUGUGGGAGAUCGUUGUGAGACCGAUCUUUGUAAAACUUCAAAUCCACCAGCCUAUUGCGAUCCAUCUGAAAUACCCCAACGCAAUCCCUGCACCGGCCUAAUAUGUCAAAAUGGUGGAACAUGUCAUGUAAUCAAAGGUGUUGCCAUGUGUAAUUGUUCCGAUCAAUGGAAUGGUGAAUUCUGUGAAAGACCAGUAUCCGAUGACAAUCCCUGCAUCAAUUAUUGCCACAACAACGGCGUAUGUCAUCUGGAUCCCUAUCAAAUUCCACAAUGCACAUGCAUAGGAGAAUGGGAAGGUCCGGCCUGUGAUGUACCACCGCCAUGUGUGGGUACUUGUGGCUUAUGUCAAACGGGUAGUUCGAUAAAUGAAUGCAAAUGUGAAGAUGGCCUGUAUACAACCUGUUUGGCUGAUACGGCCAAUGCCUUGAGAAGUGAGACGGAACACUCGGCCAAUGUAAUGUCGAUAUUGGCUAUAAUUUUGGCAAUAGCGAUAUUAGUGCUGGCUCUAUUCGGUGCUGGUUUAUACUUUUUGAAAAAACAUCGCAUAUCGCAACCAUUUUCCCAUGCACGUCUUACGGAAAAUGUGGAAAUUAUGCUUACAAAUCCAAUGUACCGAGGCGAUGCCGAUGAAACGCCGGCAUUUGUGCACGAAGAUGAUAAGGGCAACUUUGCCAACCCGGUGUACGAGUCAAUGUAUGCCGAUGCCAUUGUGGAACCGGCAGUGGUACCAGAAAAUGUUCUGGCGCCGGAUGAGCGCAAGGGUCUGCUACAGCAUUCACACGAUGACAAUAAUACACCGGAUAUUCUCUGAUGAUUAACGUCAAAUGAGAUACGUUAAAGCGAGAAGUUUGUAUGAAAGUCAAAAUGUAUUAACAAAAAAAAAAAAAAAAAACAAAACAAAAACCAACUGUAACAACAAAGCAAAAUAAGAAUUUAAGCCAUAAUUAUAGUCAUCAUUUACAUAAGAAGAAAAACAACCACAACAACAAAAUCCAAACGAAUUAACAACAAUGUACAUUUUCUAGACCUUAAACACUUUCCUAUCUCCCUUUCUCCCUCUUCCAAUGCGAAGAAAAUGAAUUCCCUACAAAAUAAGUAAAAAAAAAACUAAAGCAAAACUGAAUGAAGAACAAAUAUCUAAAACUCAACUCAAUUAUUGCAUUAAAACAAACGAAACGAAAGCAUUUCUUAAAACGAAAAUUAUUAUUUCUUAAAAAGGAAAAACUACAACAAAAACCAAAAUGUGAAAAGAAUUAUUUAACGCAACAACCAACAAGAAAACAAGGACUGAUAGUUUAGUCAUUUCUAAAGAAACAAAAAUAUGAAGAAAAAAAAACUAACAAGAAGAACAAAAGUAACACUAAAUUAUAUUCUUCUACACAUGGCAAGAAUAUAUUUUGAUGUGUGUGUGUUUGUGCAACUGUGUAAUAUUUUUUAAUGAUUUAUUUUAUAUAUAUAUAUUUGUAAUAUUAUUUAUAAUCAAUAUUUUUUAUUAUAAAUAUUUUAUUGUAUCGAAAUGAAAAGCUUUUUUAAAGGAUUGUUUUCACAGUACAAAUUGUGAGAAUGUUCUAAGGAUUUUGGAAAAACAAAUAGGAUGAAGAAUUGUUGCCUUAACAAGCCAAAAUUUAAAAUUAAAUUUAUGGUUUUGAACUUAACAUUUUCUCAACAUCUUGUAUAUUGAAACAGCAGAACAAAUCAUUUUGAAUUUCGUAUCGGCCAGCCAUAUUUGAAGAUUACAUAUUGAUUUUACCAAUAUUUUUAAUUAGGGUUUAUUUUCUGCAUUAAAUAAUUUUGAAAAAUAACAAAAACAUUAUUUAUGUGCCAUAAAUUAAUUAAUAUUCAAUUUAGAAUUCCUACUGCAUUUGGUUUCAACAAAUUCCGAUAAGUUUAAAAUUGUGAAAAUCAUUUUAUAAUUCGCCCCGUAAGCCUUCCUUCAGAUAGAUAGCAACCUAUUGUGUAAAAUUACAAAAAACGAAUUCGAAUGAGAUACAACCAAACCCCAACUUCUUUUUAAUUUCAUUAUUUUAAAUAUUAAUUUUAAAUCGUUUUAUGAAAAGACUUUGCUUGGUUGAGUUUAGGUAUGCGCAGCUACAUGAAUUGGCCAACUGCUUCACUCGAAAACCUUAGAUCCACUGUGUUUAUCCAAGGAGGAAAUAAAAAAAUGGGGAUAGGAGAGAUAAAGGAGCAAGAAGCAGAAGAAAAUAUUUAUAGUGAGAAUCGUAGUUAGGAGGGGGUCUGCCUAGUAGGGAAUAACAUUGGCAAACUUGUGAAUGAUGAUGGGAUUUAUUUCUGGAAAAGAAGUUAGAGUUUCUAUUUUCCACCUACCAAAUAGCCUAUACCUCUUUGUUGUAAGUGUCUCUAAAGACUCUACCCCUUCAUCAUAUUUACAUGGUCUAUAGAAGUCCCAUCCUGACAUCAGAUAUCUGAUACUGCAGUGACCAAUCAAUAUGCCCACCACGAUUCUUCUCCUCGAGAUUCCCCUACAGACAUCUACAAAGUAAGUGUCUCUAACGACUCUAACUCUUUUUCAUCUUCAUAUGGUCUACAUAAGUCAGGAACACUGUUGUCCCAUCCUGAGAUAGGAUAUCUGAUACUGCAGUCUAUAGAAGUCUGGUACACUGUUGUCCCAUCCUGACAUCAGAUAUCUGAUACUGCAAUGAACAGUCAAUAUGCCCACCACCAUUCUUCUCCUCGAGAUUCCCCUACAGACAACUACAAAGUAAGUGUCUCUUUAUUUACAUGAUCUACAGAAGUCAGGAACACUGUUGUCCCAUCCAGUCAAUAUGGUGUCUCUCUUCAUCUUUACAUGUUUACAGAAGUCUGGAACACUGUUGUCCCAUCCUGAGAUCAGAUAUCUGAUACUGCAGUGACCAGUCAAUAUGCCCAUUACGAUUCUUCUCCUUGAGAUUCCCCUACCAUGUCCCAUCUUCUUUCAGCUUCUUCUAUAGGAGACUUUUUGAAGCAGCUGACAUAAUAUCUUAUUGGUUUAACAGCCUCAGCAAUCGAUCUACCAAUCGAGGAGGCGGAUCCCCCUCGAGCUAAUUAAUCACCCACUUCAUUCCCUACUAAGAAAACACUCAGGAGGGCACGUAUCAAAACCGGAGUGCAUUUUAUUAAAGUUGUAUUAUUCAGACAUAAUUCUGCAAUAACUAAUUUUGAAUAAUUUGAGAUUCCAGGCUGAAAUAAUAAAUCAUAAAUAACAUUUGGCAAGUUCCACAAGCUAAUAAUUACUUUACUUGGAUUUUUGUACACAUUCGAUUCCGACAUAUUACGAUAAGUGUAGUAUAAUUGAUAUUAUUACCCUUCCUUUACAGAAGUUGAAGAAAUCGGUAUAAGGACUGAAUUUUUACAACUCUUUCUGGUGAUAUUCCACGGUGAAAAAUGUUGAAUAUUGUUGAUAUUAUUAGUCUUUCUUUGCUGUAAUUAAAGAAAUCGAAAUAAGGAUCGCAUUUUUUUUUAAUAAAAAUAUUGUGCCAUUUUCCCCCUCUUCUUCCACCAUUUAAUCUGUACCGUUUAUUCUCCAUAAAGUACUGUGAAAACGACCCUCUUGGUUAAUUUUAGCUAAAACUAUUAAAAGAUAUUUUUUAAAUUACAAUAAUCCUUUUGAAUGAAAUACAUAUGCACUAUGUAUUGUUUUCUUUUUUAAAAAAAAUAUAUAUACGAUAUUGUAUAAUCACUCUCUCCUGCUACUCAAAGAUUAAACAAAUCUAUAAUUUCAUGAUAUAUAUGUAUACUCAUAUUUAUAUAAAUAAUAACAAAUAAGUGAUUUUUUUAAUUUAUGUUCAAAUUGUAAUAUAAGUCGACAAAGAAGAAUAAGAAACGAAAUUAAGUAAAAGCAACUAAGAAAUUAACGGAAAUGCAAUAAAA